CCAGUGGCCGAUAUCAGUUCUCCUCUUUGCGUUCACUCCCAGCUUGAUUCUUCUUUACGCCCUCUGAAUUUGAUCACAUCGUUCACUGUUUCACCUUACGAUGUUGACAGGCUGUGUUUUCUAGACUGUCCCUUGUCUCUGAUGCUGCGCCUUCAGGUUGUAAACCUCACGAACCCUCGGGAUUUUGGCAUUAAUGAGGUGCCUAUAGAGGGAAAGGAAGCAGGAAGAACUGCGGUUGCUACGCUGCCAAAUUCUGAGUGCCAGAAAGGUGGAGCAAAUAGCGAAACUGGAAAGAAUCAAGAGACAGUGGUGACGGCUGGGAAUCAAAAAGCUAUGGGGAUUACGAUGCCGAAUACGUGGACAUUAGCUAUUGGCAUCGGUCUUCUAAUGUGCCGUUCGAGGGAUAAAGAAAAUUUGCCUCUUGCUGAUGGUGAAUAUGUAUUGCUAGAGCAGGCCAGUGAGCUCGAUAGUAACUAUUUAGAACUAUUGCUGGAAGGGCAGCCUUGGUUGGGCAAUUAUAACUGGCCUGCUUCACUUAAUGCUGACUCACAGGGCCCGAUAAGCAGUAAAAGCUUAGCGUACAGCCAAUUGCCCCUAGGAUUGCUGGCCUGGACACACGCUGUUCUCACAAGCCAGUCGGAAUUGUCUCCUCUAGCGAUCGAGAUGAAUUCACGGCCAAAUGCAAGUGAUCACAGUAUAGAAAUUGAAGAGAAAACAAAAGAUGAUUGCUCUAUUGGAAGCAAAAGUAAGACGACGCCAAGCAAAUCGGCUUCCAGCGCAGAGGAGGAACGGGAGGAGGUAAGGAAUGCGGAUGGACAGAUCUCUUGUCGUCUUAUGAUGCUAGCGGAUGUUUCUUCCUGUGCCAAGCAAUCA